AUGACUACCCAAAAAUUCAGAAUUGUUAUCGGAUGUGAUCAAGCUGGUUACGAAUAUAAAGAACAGAUUAAGAAGGACUUAACACACAACCCUAAUGUUAUCGAAAUUGUUGAUGUCGGUGUAGAUUCCAAUUGCAAUUCUACUGCUUAUCCCUUGGUUGCAACUACGGCAGCUGAAAAAGUUGCAAAUCGAGAAGCUGAUCGUGGAAUAAUUAUUUGUGGAACUGGAUUAGGUGUUGCCAUUUCUGCAAACAAAGUUAAGGGAAUAAGAGCAGCAACUGCACAUGACUCAUUUAGUGUUGAAAGAAGUAUAUUAUCUAAUAAUUGUCAAAUUUUAUGUAUGGGACAAAGGGUGAUUGGGUUGGAACUAGCUAGAAGAUUAGCACAAGAAUGGCUAUCAUACGUGUUUGAUGAUUCAAGUUCUUCUGCUGCAAAAGUUGCACAAAUAGAAAAGUAUGAGUAUGCACAUUAG